AUGCCCUCGGCAACGGGAUCGAAGCGCGUUAGGGGUGUUUCGAUCUUCAGGCCGUUCGUAUUCGGCAGUGAAGCGCAACCGUUCGACCCCGAAAAGAAACCCGCCAACAUCCCUGCCGACCAUACCCAUCAAUGGCGCGUGUUCGUCAAAGGAGUCAACGGCGAAGACAUAUCCUACUGGCUUAAGAAAGUGCAGUUCAAGCUACACGAAACAUACGCGCAGAACGUGCGCACCAUCGAACAACCGCCGUUCGAGGUGACCGAAACUGGAUGGGGUGAAUUCGAGAUCCAGAUCAAACUCUACUUUGUCCCCGAGUCGGGCGAGAAGCCGCAGACGCUAUGGCACAGUCUGAAGUUACAUCCAUAUGGCCCUGAUGCGGAGGGCAAAAAAGAGCGCAGGGAGCUCGUAUUCAGCCAAAACUACGAGGAGAUUGUGUUCAAUGAGCCUAUGGAACCGUUCUACGAUCUUCUCACUGGCGGACCGGCGGCACAGCAGCCGCUGAAGGGCAAGGGAGGGAAAAAUACCAAACAGGCUGCUCAGCAACGUGGUGGAAGAUCCGCCGAGAUCCCGCAGAAUGAGACGUCCGACAAUCCCUACAGCAGGACGACAGAGAACAAAGAAUUGGAUCGCCUGGAAGCGGCUAACAAGACAGUGGAGCAAAUGAUCAAAGAAGAGAGAGAACAACUCAUUGAACGCGAGAAGAAGCUGGCCGAGCUGCGAGAAAGUGAAGGCCUCCCCGCCACUACGAAGAAGAGAUGA